UCUCUUAGAUGGUGCGACUCUUGCUUAUCAAAGCGAGUAACCUGAAACAAAGUACAAACUAUACCAAACUAAAUUACAUUAGCCGUGUUCUUUUGAUAGCCGCUCCUAACUAGCGGUAGCGGCAAAGAAUUCAACGUCACAAAGACAAGAUGAACAAUUUUGUCAGUGAUUUUGAUUAUCACAGCUUGCCGCAGCGGCUGAAAAAGGUGAUGCGACUGUCGCCUAUAUUUACAGCGUCCAAUUUCGUUAUCGCGUCUUGCCGCUGCGUCUCAGUUUUGUGUAUCAGAAAUUUCAGUAGCGGCCAUUUUAGUCUUCGGUUCCGUCAAGUUCGGCUCCGUCGUAGUCUGUUUUUUCUGACGCUGACGCUGCGAUCAGCGUUCAUGAAAAGAACAGAGCUAUUAAGUUCAGGUUCAGUAUAUAAAUCUUCUAUAAUCAACAUUUCGAAAAAGUCGAAUUAAAAGUGGAUCAAACACCGAUGCACCAGUUGGAAGGCAAAAAUUCGUAUGUUUUAGUGCAUUUAGUUUUUGAAGAGUUAGUUUUUGAAUUUGAAGGACAAAAGAAUGGCAUAGUUUUGAAUUUCACGAGUAAUUAGAUGUUCAAAGAAGGCUUAGCAAGGUUGGCCGUUCUCGGUUCGGUUCAGAUUUUUGCUUUUUUUUAUUUCGGGGUUUCUGAAGUUAAAAUUUUUAGUUUCAUUCGGGUAUUUAUACAUUUUGGUUCGGAUUCGGUUAGGAUCUUCGAGGGUUUGGUCCAGGUUUACAUAAACCGUUAAAAUUAUUUUUAAAGUUUGAAAUUAACAUAUACUUUAAAUUUUAAGACGGGUUUGAUUCAAGCAGCUCUCAUUACCUUAGUUGCUUGGCAGUGGAUAGGCGAAUUGGAGGUUUGGGUUAAAAAUCUAAAAAUAAAAAUAAUAUAUAACAUAUAAUUUUAAUAAUUUAUGCUAGAAUACCUAAAUUUCACAUAAAAAUUGGUUUGAAUUGAAUAUUUGGAUGAAGAACCAAUAGACAUUUCAAAUAUUUUUGGUGUUAUGAGUAUUAUGUAGUUAUUUCAAAAAAUAUUUACUUGGGCAACUUAAAAAUAUUUUAUAUAUUUGAAUAUUUUUUUGAUAUUAAAUCUAAAAUUAAUUAAUAUAUUUAAGUACAUAAAUCUGAUUCGGAUAUAUUCACAAUACCUAAAAUUCAGUUCGUAUUGGAUAUGGUUCACUUCUCUAGAUAACUCGUUCGAGUAUUUAGCCAGAUUUAAUUUGUUUAGUAUUAUUCUUAGGAUCGGAUUUGGUCCGGUUCUUCUAAUUCAGGUCUAUGCCCAACACUGCUUAUCAGUUAGCUGUUCAGAUUUUUUUUUUGUAUUAUCAUUGCGUAUUUCUUAUCUUAAUUAAUGUAAUUUUAAAAUAUCUAAUGCUACAUUUCUUUUUAGUAAUUAUUAAUAUGUUGAAACUUUAUCACCGAAUGGAGCUUAUAUAAAGAGCAAAGCAGGAGUGCAGGACAUGCAUCAAACCCAAAAAAAACAUGCAUGGAGCGCAUCACGUAACACCAAUUACACAAGUUUCUAACAUAUGAAAUGGUAUAGUUCAGUUAAAACUGGAUAGUUUUAUGCAAAACUUGCCAAAACACAAAAUCACCCUACCAACAUUUAUGAUUAAAAAAAACAUUUAUGAUUUUUCUCAAAAGAGAAAAGAAAAACAUUAUGAUUUCAUACGUAUCUCAAAAUCAAUCUCAAAAUUCAAGAUGCUGGGCAUACUAUAUUUUUAUCAACAUAGAGUUAUUAUUAUAUAUAUACACAUAUAAUAACAUAAACAUAUACAACACUUCUCAUAGGAAUACCAGUUCCUAUAUAGAAAUAUAUAUAUACAUAAAUGCAUUAGUUAAAUGUUGCAAACAAAUAAAAAUAAAAUAUUAAAAUUACAAUAUAUACACACUCCACCCGUGUUACAAAAAAAAGAAAAGAAAAACACACUCCACCCACAUCCUACAUACCUUAAGAAAUAUGAGAUGCAAAAUCAAAAUUAGAUAUAAGUUACAAAAAAACGUCAAUAUUAUUUAAACAUGAUAGUAGGGUUUAGCAGUGAACCUUCGUCUCUUUCAAUGAUAUCAACCUCUUUCAAUUAUAGAAAUAGAAAUAGAAAAUAGGGUUUAGUCAAGUAACCUUCAAAUACAUGAGUAUAUAUAAAACUGAUUUCAGAACUCAGUUAAACAUUUUGUCAUUACAUUAACUUAAAAUAAAUUUAAAGUUAUCUUUUGCCCGGCGCUUGCAGUUGAUUAAAUCACUUGUGUAUAGCAUUGUUAAUUUCUGGAGCUCAGCAUUUAUCCUCCCAAUGACUGGUCUUGAUACUAUUGAAAGUCUUUUGUAGCGCUUUCUUAUGGUCUGGAUCACCUCCCUAAUCAAACCCAUAAAACGAAGGUUGUGUGGGAGGAUUUGUGUUACCUAAAAACUGAAGGAGGCCUUGGACUGCAUAGCUAGGCUUCGUGAGUCAACUAGAGUUUUUACUCUCUCCCUGAUAUGGAGGAUAUUUACUUCGACAUGUUCUUUCAGGGUAUUUUGGGUUCAACAUUAUCUUUUGAGGCAUAGUUCGUUUUGGGAUGCUAAAAAGGAUACAGAGGGAUCUUAGAUUUGGAAGAAGCUUUUAAAGUUGAGACACAUAGCAUACCCUUUCUUCAAUGUUCAGCUUGGAAAUGGGCAAAAUACUUUUUUUUUGGUUUGAUGAUUGGCUGAAAAUGGGUAAACUCUUUGAUAUUAAAGGAGUCAUGGGCCCAUGCUACCUCGGUGUAGCAAGGAAUGCGAGGGUAUGUGAAGCUGUAAUGCUUGAUCAGUGGUCAAUUAGAGGACACAUAAGUCACCAUUUUCAGGAACUACAUGCCAAGAUACAAGCAAUACCCGCUCCAAGCGCCCAGCAGAGCGAUGAUAUAAUUCUUUGGAGACACUCUCCAGAUAUUUAUAAGCCAUACUUCUCAAUUACUAACACUUGGGAGCAGGUCAGAAGUAAACGGGAAGAUGUGCCUUGGAGUAGUAGUAUAUGGUUUCCGCAGGGUGUUCCUCGGUUUUCUUUCAUAGUUUGGCUGGCUGUCAUUAUAGUGAUGACAAAUGGCUACAAAAGAAGUUGUAAUGUUUUUCAAUUAAUUUAAUAUACAGGGGAUUGGUGUAGUACUAAAGUUGUUCUGCAUAAUUAUAUCAACAUAAAAAGUUGAUCUAAAAAAAACAUAUCUUCUCUAACGUAACCAUAACUUAUCAUAUGACACACGAUUGCACUAUGCCACUGAACACGUUGUGUAUAGAUAAGUUCAACUAGCACUAUGAUUAAAGGUGAUCCCAUAUCAGACAUCUAGAAACUUUAUGCUAAUUAAUUAAUAUUAAUAGCACAUCAAUCAGAUAUUAAGUAGUUUUAACUUGUAUCAAAUUCUUCAUACAAACUAUACAUAUAUCGAUUUGGAAUGAUAAUUAGCAUAUCAAUCAAAUAUUAAGUGUUGGGAUUUAUUAAAUCCAAAUCCAACUCUUUAUUGUUUGAUCAGUAAGAUAUUGUUUACUUUGUGCCUUAAACAAUCCCGUAUGGUUUUACUUUUGGAUUUUUUUCCAUAAGGUUUCAUUCUAAUUAGAGUUAGACAUCUUUUUAUAUAUUAGACUUUACUUUGUCUAAUUUCCAAUGUGGAACUUUGUUUGAUAUUUCACAUUCUCCUCCUCAAACUAAGGAGCACACUCAUCUCGUGUGUUUCUUUUCUUUGAGAAUGUGUCUCCCACAACAUCUCGGUCCUUUGAGAAUGUCACUAAAGGUUCCAUGAUCUUGAUUUGUUUAUGCCGAACCUCCCUUUCCCUUACUUGAAGGGUAUUUUGGUCUUCUUGCAGAUUUUCGUCAACCUGGUUCUGAUACCAACUAAUUAAAUACAUGUCCAACUCUAUAUUGUUUGUUUAGUACGAUAUUGUCCACUUUGGGCCUUAGGUAAACCCGCAUGGUUUUACUUUUGGUUUUCAUUCCAAAAAGCCUCGUACUAAUAGAGUUGGACAUCUCUUUAUAUAUUAGACUUUUCUUUGUCUAACUUUGAAACCUUGAAUGGUUUUUACAUAUUUUAGUUGUUGUUUAAUAUGUCUAAUAUUUUGAACAAAAUAUCUUAGUGAAAGAAAGAUAAAAGACCUCUUAACAUUUUGAACAAAAUAUCACAAAAAUAUAAUAUUAACUUUGAAAAAAAAAUUCACUCAAAUUUAAAAAUUACAAAUAAUGUGUAUAGAAAAUUUAUAAAUAUUUUUAAAGUUUUAAGUAUAUUUAAUUUAAGGAGGGAAGCCCACAAAUUGUUAAACCAGUUCUAGAAGUCGUCAAAUAAGAGUCGACUUUGCUUGGGUUGUUGUGCCGUUCGCAGGUCCCACCGACAUGUGGCAGCCUGCGAUUAGUUUGUAUUUAAUUUGAUUUUUUUUUAAAUCGGAUAAAAAUCAUAUACUGAAAACUUAUCUUCUUGUCGUUGUAUAUGACUUUUAGUUUAAAAAAAAAAAAUUAUCUUCUUCAUUUCUUUGGUUAUAUUGUGGUUAGGGUCGAUUUGAUUGUCAUUUUGUAGUAGCUUAAGAAUUUAUAAAUAACACUAUAAACUGUUUAAAAUAAUAAUCAAUCAAACGAGUAAUAAUGGAUAGUCUGAGUAAUUAUGUUCGACUUUUAUCCAGUAAAAGUUAUCUUUUUUUUGUAAAAAGCAGUAAAAGUUAUCUUAGUCUUUUUCUUUUGUGUUCAACUAGUUUUUUUUUUUUUUUUUUAAACUUGUGUUCAACUAGUUAUCUUAAUCUAAAAGGAUACUUUUACGGUUUUACCCAAAAUUUUGGGUAAUUCUCGUCAUGAAAAUGUCGGGAUACAUGCCUAGGCGUAGUACUUACUGCUUGGAUCGGCAAACGCUAAACUCCUACAAACUUCGUUGAUAUAAAGCGCAAAGAAAUAUACAUACAGAAAAGCAGAUAUAUAUAGCGUAUACGAUAUGAUAUAUUGAGGGCAAACAAACCCAAUCAGUAAAAUGGACCCCAUCAGUUUAUCUAUAAAUAACGUCCCAAACCUCUCCCCUGAAAAUUCAACAACACUCAUCUUUACCAAAAUACAACAACUUUUGUUUUUAUUUCCACGUCUUGAGAUAACAUAAUUUUCGGUUCGUUUUUUCCUAACCGCUAAAAGAUGUCGCUAGCUAUCGCGGAGGUUUACACGGUGAAGAAGUUUCACACAGAGAGUAUGAAGAAACCGGCCAAAGCAACGGUUACCGGCGAGGGAGAUGGAAAGAUCAUCGGAGGUGGGCUCCGGGAGGUAAUGAAAACGCCGGUGAAACAGAAUGGAACUAGAAAUUUCGGACGGUGGUUUGUUGGGAAGCCAAAGAAAAGCUCGGCUAAAGUUUCGGAUCCCACGACGAUUGAGUGAAAGAAGAAAAAACGUGUUCUCUUGUUUUUCUUUUAUUUUUCUUUCUUUCUUUCUUUCUUUCUUUCUUUCUUCAUUUUGUUUUAUUUUCAUGUGUCUUUUUCAUUUUAUUGUGUGAUUGUAAUUUUUUAAAUAGUUUGUAAACUUUGUAAAAUAUAUAUGAACAAGCAACACUAUAGAAUGGAACUUUUGGGAAACGUCCUGAAUUUUCCUCAA